GACCGCUUGUCUUCAGGCCGGUAGAUGAUGGCUUCUUUGUUUUUGUCCAUAUUUUGCGUUGAUUAAUGGACAUCACAAAUUGUCUAAAGUCAUCAUUAACAAGAAAAGAAGAAGAAGAAGAUUCUAUCCUUUUAGCCCCUGAGUACCGGAGAUUCUAUUUACCUAGCCUUGAGGAUAUAGAGAUAUGGGAACUCUACUUCCUACUUCCGUGGAAGUAUCUGAAAUAGAUAGCAAAGAAGGGCCAAGCUCUUCCGAGCAACUUGAUGCUGGAGCCUUGUUUGUGCUGAAAUCAAGAGGUUCAUGGCUGCACUGUGGAUACCAUUUGACAACAUCAAUUGUAGCUCCGGCUCUUCUUAGUCUUCCCUACGCACUGUCCUUGAUGGGCUGGUUUCCUGGUGUUUUAUGCCUGACACUGGCAGCUCUGAUAACAUUCUAUUCCUACAACCUUCUUUCAUUAGUUCUUGAGCACCAUGCUCAGAUAGGGAGGCGUCAGCUUAGGUUCAGGGUCAUGGCUGAAGAUAUAUUAGGACCAGCAUGGGGGAGCUACUUUGUUGGUCCGAUUCAGUUUGGUGUAUGCUAUGGUGCAGUUAUUGCUUGCAUUCUUCUUGGGGGGCAGAGUCUCAAGUUCAUUUACUUGCUCUCUACCCCAAAGGGGAGCAUGCAGCUGUACGAAUUUGUCAGUAUUUUUGGCAUCCUGAUGCUAGUCCUGGCUCAGAUUCCAUCUUUCCACUCCCUACGGCAUAUCAACCUUGUCUCUCUAGUCCUUGCCCUUGCUUACAGUGCUUGUACUACGGCUGGUUCUGUUCAUAUAGGAAACUCUAAGAACGCGCCUCCAAAAGACUAUUCUAUCAAUGGAGCUAUGCAGAAUCGAGUCUUUGGAGCCUUCAAUGCUAUUUCAAUCAUUGCUACAACCUACGGAAAUGGAAUUAUUCCUGAAAUACAGGCAACUGUAGCACCUCCGGUCGAGGGGAAAAUGUUCAAAGGUCUACUGGUCUGCUAUGCUGUCAUAAUAAUGACAUUUUUCAGUGUUGCAAUCUCUGGAUAUUGGGCAUUUGGCAAUCAGACUAAGGGAGUAAUUCUAAUUAAUUUUAUGGUUGACGAAAAGCCUUUACUUCCCACUUGGGUUCUCUUGAUGACCAAUGUUCUCACCCUCUUGCAAGUAGCAGCCGUCAGCGUGGUUUACUUGCAGCCAACAAAUGAUGUGUUUGAACGAAAGUUUGCAGAUGCAAAGUUUGAUCAGUUCUCCAUCCGCAAUGUUGUGCCAAGGUUGGUUUCCCGGUCAUUAUCAGUAAUCAUAGCCACAGCUAUUGCUGCAAUGUUUCCUUUCUUCGGAGAUAUUAAUGCAGUGAUUGGAGCAUUUGGAUUCAUUCCUCUAGACUUCAUUUUGCCUGUGAUAUUCUACAAUGUGACUUUCAAGCCAUCCAAGAAGGGCUUGAUGUUUUGGGGAAACGCAUCAAUUGCCGUAAUCUGUUCGGCAGUAGGGGUGUUGGGGGGAAUAUCCUCAAUUCGGCAAAUAAUUCUCGAUGCCAGCACGUAUAGCUUGUUUGCUAAUGUUUAAUGGUUGCAAGUCGCAACUGUUAUUUUUUCUCUUGUGCAAGAAUCUACCAAGUUUAAUGAUCUACCCUCUUUUACAACAAGAAAAGAAACAUUGUUGAAA